UCGUGAUUUUGUGGUGUUCAGUCUUCUGAGUUGACUCGAGUAACUCGUUAGUUGCCUUUCGGUUUCGCCGUGUUUUCUGCUUUUAUAAUUUUUCGACCAAAAAACCGUUAACUCUUUUGUUUAUUUGACCAUGUCUUGUGCUUCUGCAACUGCUGUAGCAUCAGUCUACAUUUCCGGCCCGAACUGUCCCGGCAGUCUUACCCACGUACCCAUUUGGAGAAGCUCUUCUCUCAGACCACCGCCGCCGUCUUCUCUCGGCGACUUCUCCUUCAAGAUCCCAUGUGGGUCUUUCAGGCGGAGCUCCGUCCUCACUGGAUUCAGAAGUACUUCCCCCGUCGUUAUGCAAUGGCAGGACUGCACAGUAAAGAUGGAAAUUGAUGUGCCUAUUUCCGUUGCAUAUGAUUGUUACUCUGAUCGUGAGGCGAUUCCCCGUUGGAUGCCUUUUAUUUCAACCGUGAAGAUAUUGGAAGACCAGCCUGACCUAUCACGAUGGUCACUGAAGUAUAAAGCUUUUGGUCGUAAUAUUGAAUUCUCAUGGCUUGCUCGGAAUAUGCAGCCUACACCAAAUCAGAAAAUCCACUGGAGAUCUCUAGAAGGGCUUCCUAACAGAGGUGCUGUUAGGUUCUAUCCGAAAGGUCCUUCAUCAUGCUUAGUAGAACUAACGGUGUCAUAUGAAGUUCCGCCAAUUCUGUCUCCAGUGGCAUCAGCGCUUCAACCAUUUCUUGAAAAUUUACUUGGACGUGGCUUGGAAAGGUUUGCGACAUUUGCAAGAACCUACAAAACAGACUCACCAGUUUGAUAUUUUAAAUGAGUAACCACUUCAUCUUACCGAGUGAUUUUCCCACUGAAGCAUUGUUUGAUAUUAUACCAUUUGGGUCCAAUGACCAGCUUCUCUGAGGCUGGCUUUUCCCUCUUGUAAGUUACUUCUUCCCAAAGGCAAAGAAUGAAGAAAUUAUUCAUAUAA